AGUUGAUAGUAGUUACUAAGGAUCUCGCUUGACAUCGCGUGACAUACUUAUACAUACUUGAGUCAAGUGCCACGUGCUGCACGACCAGACUUCCAUUGGAACUCGUUUGAUUCAUGACUAAUGUAAAGAGGCUUUUAAUCUAUCAUCAACGAUUGAAAUUACAAAAACAAGAAAACAAACUCUUACAGUUGUAAGAGACUGCGAGCAGAACUUGGCCGAGCCCGAUCGAGGUAACUGGUGAUACGAAGUAGUGAAAAUGAGCUGUCCUUUUGCUAGUUCUAGUGAUUCCGGCAUUGAUCAAGGCAAUAAUUAUGACGAACGACUCAACUACACAGAUUAUCUACAGCUUGAUAAGCUGCUUGACUGUCAGAAACUGAUGAGCGAGGAGAAAGGAUCUCACAGGGCGUCUGACGAACUGUUGUUUAUCGUUACUCACCAAGCAUAUGAACUCUGGUUCAAGGAAAUCAUCUUUGAGAUUGAUUCCAUUCGGGAACUGUUCCUCACUGAGGCGGGGGUGUUGAACGAAGAAAAGACGCUUAUGGUCAUCUCAUUGUUGAAGCGAAUCGUGGCAAUCUUAAAGCUUUUAGGAGAGCAGUUCCAGUGUCURGAAACAAUGACGCCCUUUGGUUUCAUGGAGUUCAGGGAUUAUAUCUCUCCCGCUUCAGGAUUCCAAAGCGCUCAAUUCAGAGUUAUUGAGAACAAGUUAGGCGUAUUAAGGGCGAGCAUGAGAAAAGACAGCCAGGAAUGCUGUAAAGCUUUAAGAACAGGAAAAGACCAAACAGACUACGUCAAGUCUGAAGAGUCGCCAUCUUUGCUGGAAGUUGUUGAGAAAUGGUUGUCUCGCACGCCAGGACUGGAGGAAGAUGGCUUUAAUUUCUGGGGAAAGUUUAAAGCAAGCGUUUACAGGUGGCUGGACAGUCUGAAGAUGCAAGCUUUGGCACAAAAGAACGAAUUUCUCAAAGCCGACAUGCUCAAGAACUUUAAAUCUACUACAGACACAUUUGAGUCAAUCUUUAAUGAAGAAAGACAUAACCAGUUGGUCACAAGAGGCGAGAGAAGAUUUUGUUAUAAAGCUUUUCAAGGAGCAAUGAUGAUCUACUUUUAUCGUGAUCAGCCUCGCUUCCACCAGCCAUUUCAGAUCCUACAGCUUCUCAUUGACAUUGAUUCUCUGAUUAUCAAGUGGCGAUACAACCAUUUGAUGUUAGUCCAGCGCACAAUCGGAACCAAAGCUGGUACUGGCGGCAGCUCAGGAUAUCAGUAUCUCAGAUCAACAAUCAGUGACCGGUACAAAGUGUUUAUUGACCUUUUCCAUUUGUCCAACUUCUUGGUUCCUCGUGAAUAUAUACCGCACCUCACCCGAGACAUGAAGACCGUUCUUCGUCAGGUCCAUAACCACGGCGAGAGUGACAGCGCUCAUUAUAGCGACAGUGAAAACGAAGAGCUCGGUUUGACAGGUCUUGCUUGACAGUGCAAACAUCUCCUCUGAGAAAGGGAAAAGUCGUGUGGAAAAUGCUGAAGUUGGGUCAAAAACAUAGCUGUACUCGACAGCAAUCUUAUCUUGCUUCUUAUAGAUGACAUUGAUAACCUUUAACUUUAAAAAUAAUCUAAUUGAUGGGUCCCCUGUACUGCUACUCUCCCCUCCCCUCCAUCUGAGAGGACAAUACAACAAUGCACAAGGACACGAGUAAAAUUAGUCCUACAAAAGCUAGUAAAUACAUUGCCGAAAGAUCAACUUAGCAUAAGUGAACCUGUCAUUAUUAAUCGCCUGGUUUUUAGACAACUGGAUUGGAGAUUGCCUAAAAAUCCCGGGGAGGGGGGGGGGGGUACUAUCACCGCAACUUGGGUAGGGGUGUGCCGUCAGGACCUCAAAACCCUGACCCUAUCCCAGACCUAAAAUUUUGAUUUUACAUACCAUUCCCCAGACUAAAACUAAGAAUUGAACACCCUAUCCUAGACUAAAAGACGGUUAUUCAAUAGAUUGCAAUUAAUAUUUACUAGCGUUUUUGUUUUUGUGACGGCAGAAAGCGUAGCCUAUUCGCCAAGCAAAAACGACCAAAUCGUUAACCCUAUCCCAGACUAAAACGACCAAAUCGU